AUGUCCAAUACUCUGCCGGACUUUCCCUUCUUCGUGUCCACCGGCGAUGGAUGGAGACACGAGACAGCUCGUUAUGUUCGCGACCGACCCCAACGGGGAUGGUACCAGGAUGGCCGCAAACUGCGAGAUGUAAAGGCAUCCAAAGCAUUCAUCUGGCCCAAGGACGGCAAGAACGGGUCAUCGUGGGGUCGCAUCAAAGACGUCCUACGGAACAACGGCCCUGACAUAUACGUUGCAUUUGGUGCUCGUCAGACGGACUGCGUAUCAAAUCGCCCGCCGCGAUCCCAGUGGGCAGGAUAUCCCCAUCUUGACGACCGCGGGAUGACGUUCAGCUUUAACUCGCAAAAGUUUGCUCCUUGGACUAAGAGUAGUAUGCUCGGAGGACGCGAAUACGGCCUGAGCUACGACUUUCGAACUCGGAAAUAUGUGAAACCGAAUCGAUGGACGUGGACGGAUGCUAUCUGGCAGCAGGAGCCAUACAAGAAUAGGAAGGCGAAUAGUUAUCCAGAAGCUGUGCGAAUGCUGGAUGGGCAGUGGUUUCAGGACACCCAAUAUCUGCCGCAAUUUUUGGCCGGCCACAUCGAUAAUGAGUUUGGCGUUGGUGUGCCAUUCCACCAUCUUCCAUUCUCUCCCCCUCACUAA